AAAAAUUCAAGCAAGUAGAAAACGGAAUAAUAAUUAUCCAUAACUGUGGAUGAACUGGCCGUUAGAUGAACUGCAGUCUUUGUCCUUUGAGUGUGGCAGGUGGCUUCUUGAUGGCUCACACCGUUCCCCUCUCUCACCUCCUGCAGGGGGCAGUGUCCAGCUCUCUCACCUGUCUGCAGACGGCGGAGGGAGUGGCAGCUCUGCUGAUGGAGAGAGGCGGUCUGGAGGAAGGAGAUAAUGUCGCUCUGGUGUACCCGCCAGGUAUAGACCUGAUCGCAGCCCUUUACGGCUGCCUGUACGCCGGCUGCGUUCCCAUCACAGUGCGACCGCCUCACCCUCAGAACAUCUCCACCACCUGCCCACUGUUAAGAUGA